AUGGACAAAUAUCUCUCUGAUUCAAAUGUUAGUGUAAAUAUAGACAAGACUGCCACUAAUCUUAUUUCUAUGCGUAACAAGAGAGCAAGGAAAGAAGAUCUACCACAGGAAUUCACUAAAUUCAGGAAUGAAAUCAAAGAAAUGUUAGCUUUCUUUAUCUCAACUCAACAAAGUGAACUAAAAGUAAUUACCUCAAAUCUCAAGGAUAUUCAGAUAACAAAUAAUAACAUUGAGACUGCCGUUACUAACUUAUCUUGCCAAAAUGAGAAAUUCCGUAAGAAAAUCGAACUUCUUGAGUUACAAGGUAAAAAGGACCGUGAAUACAUUGUCUUGUUAGAGGAUAAAAUCGAAGACUUACAAAGAAGCCAUAAGAAAACUUGCAUUGAAAUAAAGAACGUCCCUAAAAUGCCUCAGGAAAAUAACUCUGAUUUAAUAAAUAUGAUCAUGAAAUUAUUUACACAUCUAAGUCUUGAGAUGGACUCACGUGACUUAAAAGACAUUUAUCGACUGCCCAGUAGGAAAGAAGGCCUGAAAAAGGCUUUUGACACUGUAUCUGUCCCAAUCCUUGUGCAGAGACUUGAAGCAAUAGGGAUAAGAAGUAAAGCCCUCUCCCUCUUUGACAGCUACCUCCGAGAUAGGAGACAGCAAUUUAAAAUAGAUAACUUGCUUAGUGAGGAGGAAAAUAUUGUUUAA